ACGCGUUGGAGCAGAGCAUGAAGUCUUUCGUUUCUCGCAACGAAGUGCUGCGCCGCAACCUGCAUCGUGGCACUGUCGAUGAUUUCCUGGCCCCAGACCUCUGAAAGCUUUGCAAGGUGUUUGAAAAUCUGGGAGACAGACGGUAAUGGGUAUAUCUUUUAGGGUUUCAAGCAGCUCUCGUCAAGUCUCUCCUAUUUCGAAGCUCUUCCCAUGUUUCGUAGCUUCGGUAUUCCCGCGGCACUGGUAACAAUCUGUUGUUGGAUUUGGAAUUUCGGUUUUCGGGAGGGUGUGGAGUGUUUAGGUUUUUGGGUUUUUUUCGGUUAUGGUUUUGUGCAAAAUCAGGUAACCUUGCUUCAGUGUCAAGAUUGGGGCGGUGGGAUUUGCGGGUUUCAGUCGGGCGAUGGGAGUGAAGGUCGUGGAGGUUCUUGAAGGGUUCUGGAAUCUGUUCUGAGUGGGAAUCCCUGCUGGGCGAAUGCGAUUUGCUAGCUCUGCAUGUGAAAUUUGAUCAAUUGUGAUUUGGAAUUGGAGAUUUGAGGUGGGACAGGGCUUUCGAGAAGAUGCAAGUGCGGUUUAGGACUUGUAAGUUGUAGAGGGAUACUCUCCACAAUGGUGCAUGAUAGUGUAUUAGAUGUGGUUCAUGACGAGUUCGAAGAUGAUUCGGAUUACGAGGAUGGAUGUGAGGAAGAGGAGGAGGGUGAAGAGGCUGGCCAACUGCAGUCUGGGUUUAAGGCCUUAGAUAUUUCAAGAACUGAGGGAAAUGAGGGGUUUGUUAAUGAAGACGGUGAAAUAUUAGUAGCAAAUGAUACUAGUGAAAAUGGUGCGGACAAGAGCUCAAGAACAGUAGAGUUUCAAGGAAUCAAUGGUACGCAUGAGAAGAAUCAGAAGAAGAAAAAGAAGAAGAAGAAGAGAGGUGAGAGACGGAGACAGUCCGCUCCACGGGAGAAAACAGUGAUCAUCGAGCGCUUUGUGGUGCAGACGUGCAGACGAAUAGAAGAAACGAAAUAUCCUUUGUUUCGAGAAGCAGUGGACAGGAUUGGCAUUGAGGCCAUGAAGGGUCUUCUGAACCAGGUGGAUGCGAUUCAGAAGUGCGGUGGUCAAAUGACAGCUGAUGGACUUCGUCGUCGAUCUGCAGGAGGUGUACUGUGGAAUUUACUCCGGGAUCAUGUUGGUCCUGUCCUGUACAAGGAGAUAAUGAAGGAAGGAAAUCGAAAGCAUAUAGAACAGCAGAAAGCAAAGCAGAAAGAAAGAGGGACUGGGAAACGCCAGCACAUGGAUGUAGAUACAGGAGGAGAUGAGCGUCCAAAUGUUAAACGGUGUAGAACAAGUCUGGAUGCUGAUCGCCUUCCCAGGGAAGAAGGCCGUCCUGGGCGAGGAGUAUCUCGAGAGAGACCACGUAGAGCAAGCUUGAGGGAAGAAGUAGACAGUGCCCGUGUACCCGCCGCGCUACAGAAUGCAUGGAUUCAAGGGCUGAAGAAGCAAUCAGAGCGAGGUGUUCCACCAGAAGCUAAAGUUUUGAACCCUAAAGCUUCUGCGGGACCAAAUCCGUUACAAUCGAAUAGACCAGUUUCUGAAAGGAUCAGGAUGGCUGUGAGCUACGGUGACCUUGUUGAAGAGGGACACAUCGCCACUGAUAGUCCAAUCCAUGGUGUCACUGAGGUUUACGAUUCUGGUGUCCAGGAGUGGGAAUGUGGCGGUCAGAUCAACAGAGAUCAUUGCAAUAUUAGGGAGGGGGAGAUGGAGGAAGGAGAGAUUACAAAUUGAGUCAUGCUUUAUCGUUGGCUGAGCGCAUCAUCAUCGAUGUUUUUUCCAAUCGAAUCAUUGAGAAAGGGUUUUAACUUCAGCGAGGCGAUUUUCAAUUUUAUUUGGUUCGCAGAUUCGGAACUAGGCUCCUUUAUUUAGUGAAUAUCUUGUCUACGUUUCACUGUAGAUGUUAUGGCUCAACAGCCUUGAGGAAGAUUUUGUACGCCCUAUUGUCCCAGUCUUCGGAAACUGAUAAAACCCUUUCCGAGGAUACGCUGUCACACGCUCCUUCCUGGUUAUACAUCCUGAAAGACUACUCAUAAUCCUGGUUGGUUGAAGUUAGCGAUCUUCUCAUUCUAGAACGAAGAAAAUGAUGUCACGCUUCAUAAGGGGUUUACGGUUUUUCAAAGAAUAAAGAGGGACAGUUCCAUGUGUUUUUGACAGCUUUGUGAAUUGUUGGACUUGCUUCGUGGUUUAGACGGGUGACGAGUACGAUGAAGAAAGUAAGCACGAAACUUCACUACCACGUCAGGACUCUGAAACUGCGCUCCUCUGAUCAAGAAACCAACUGCUGGAGAAAUCGGAGCAUUCAUUGGCAGUGAGAUAAGAUUCUAGACUCUCAACUUCUUUUCACAAGUUCCAUAAGUCCAUGUUUGCUAUCAUUAAUGUUAUCAAUCACUGAUAUGUCUAGGCCGGCCCUGUUGCUUACAACUGACGUGGAGAUUCUCUGUAUCUGCUGCAGAAAUCUAUUUGAAAUUCUGUAAGCAAGCUCCUGCGUUCCCAUACUCAAACUCUAAUUGAUGCAACCAAUUCAUUCACAUCACAUGAAUCUUGUGUGCACCCAGAGCAGCAACUCUGUUUGCAAAACUUAAUUUGCAAGCAUUCUGUGUGGGUCUUGUUCUUUGUCAGAGGCGUUAAUAUAGGCUGCUCACCAUGUAAGUUGGCCAACAUUGCAACAGGUGACCAAAAUCUCAGAGCAUAUUCAUGAUACCUGCUGUAUUAUGGAAUUCAGCAACAAAAAAUAAAAUAAUAAAAACUACACAAAAAACGAAUCAAUUAUCGUUAAAUUUGAGACGAUGGGCUGCGUUUUUGAUAGGAAGAGAUUUUUCAGUGCAGAUUUAGUUGAAGGAGUAGUAAUUUACGACAGCAUUUGGAUGACUGUUUUAACACUAUGAGGAUAAUGGUUUACAAGAGAGGAUUUGGGUUCUAUUAUUUAUUUAUUUUAAAAUAUACUAAAUGCAAAAGUAUUGAGUU